AAUUUAUUUUAGUUUGUGAGAAAUCAUCGCGCGAGGUAGACAUCGCGCUACUAAUACUUACAAAUACGGUCUUUAACUAAUUAGUAAUAAGAUUUAUUAUUGUUUGAAAGUGUUAGUGCAAUUUUAAGUGCAUUUUCGAUUUCCCGAUAGCGUGGGUGGAGUGGCGCGACGCCAUUUUGUCUGCACGGACACGCUGCUACAGACAGCCGCGCGAUACGAACACUAGACAUAACCAGCUAUCUUGACAUCUUCUAGAAGGAGAAAGACGAAGAAUAACACGAUUAAGUGACAGUGAAGUGAAAGAAAACCAGUAAAAAUGAUGACAAUUAGCGAAAGUCAGUUUUCCUCAAAUAAAAUGUCGAGUAUUCACAAGCUUAACGACAGGAUCAUCCACAAGGACAGCUUCGACGACACGAAGAGCUCGUCCAGCGUCAACAGCACCCUCAUCACGAAGAGGGGCUUCAAGCCCUCAGACAUGUUCGACCCUCAGAAGAAGGAGUUCCUCACGAACCUCAGUUAUAAGUUGUUCCCUAAUGAUGGAGACUUCUCCCGUGACCCUGAGAUAUUGGAGCCACCACCAAGUCUCCGAGAGGACCUGGAGAACAAGCCGAUGAUCUCCACUGACAAGGAGGUGGACCUCAACAAGAUCUUCACGCCGGCGCCUGAUGCUGAGGAGCAUAUCAUUAAGAAGGAUCGCAAGUUUGAGAAAACAUUCGCAUCGUCAGCAUUCUACGUGCCGGGCGUGCACCCCACCGUCAAGGAGCAGAUGGACCUCGCGCGCGCCAUCUCCAAGUCCCUGAGCGACUCCAGCAACCACAUGAGCCGCGGACAGAGCAUGUACGUCAACAGGAAGAAGAGGUCCGUCAAGUGGGUGCAUGAGGGACGAGGACGAAACACAUCGAACGCCUGCUCCACGCCGACGCCCGUAGCGAACCACGACACGCCGUACCGCCCGCCAUCUAGUUUACGCAACCAGAAAACUUACCCGAAAUCAGCUCUCAAACACACCAACAACCUGCCGAAAAUGGAGCCUUUCCCAGUAUCUCCCCCGACUAUCUCUGUGCAAAACCACGACUUGCCCGUUCCUCUUGCACCUACAAAGCUUAAUGAUGUAUACGCUUCACCUAAAAGCCCCCGUUUGCCGCUUGUUUCUGGCCCCAAUUUCAAUGUAGCGCCGCGCGGUUGGGGAGAAAUGAAGGACUACUACCGACCCGUCGUACUAGAUGGCGUUAGUGUCGCACCGCAAUACACUGACUUUUGAAAUAACUUUUUCUCGUUUCUUUGUUAAAUAAUUUUAAGAGUAUGUUAUGAUACGUGUCAUUUUUGUUUUAGUUUUACUUUUUGUUAGGAAUUAUUUGUUAUACGUUUUAAGUAACUUACAUGCGAGUUAUACGUAAUUUAUGUGAAAAAACUUAGAUAGACGUAGAUUUACAUCCUUUACGACAUAUUAUACGCACAAAUUAUUUCCACUCUGUGCGUGCAACUUGUAAAUUAUAACAUUAAUGACACCGUGGAGAACUAUUUCUUAUUUAAUAAGCAUUUUAAUUUAACUAUCUUUAUUAAUUUACGUAUAGUUUUAUAAUUAUUGUUUUCUAUUGUAAUGUCAAACAGUCGAGGUCUAGUCAUUUUAAGGUUAACCGUCAAUACUUUUAAAUGAAUAAUACAAUAAUUCAUGUGCCUUAAGUGUAAACUAACCAAAGAUAUAAACUUUUGUAAAAUAGGAACAUAUCUAUACAUUCAGAGUCGCAAGUACUUAUUUAUAUACCUAAUGAUAAUUUAAUAAUUAGAGGAAAUAUAUGAUAAUCUGAUACCGGCAAAUUUAUCAAAGGUAGGGUUUUGUAAGUUUCAAAUGCAAUAGGUAGUAUUUAACAUCAUUGAUAGAUAAAAACAGAAACUGUUACAAAAUAUUUGGAAAUUAUUUUACAAACAAAGAAAGACCAUAUCUUUGUAAAUAGUAAGGAAAUGUUUUAUAUCGUGAGGAAAGAUAAAGGAAAAAGAAAAAACAAGGAGACAUUGUCAAGAAACUUUGAACGAAAAAAGGACUAAUAUUGCUAGUCGAGAAAAAUAUAUUUACAGUAAUUUAUGAAAUACGUUAGUGUAAUUAAAAUAACUUAUUUUUAUGGAGGGUUGUGUAUUUAUUUGAUGUGGUCGUGCUGUGCUGUGCCAGGGUCAAUAAAGUACUAUUAAAACUCU